AUGAAAGGAAAUGAUAUAUUAUUUUUAGGACUAAGUUCAUAACCAGAAAAUCUUUAAAUGGAAUUAUAGGCAGAAUAAUAAAAUGAAUAUGAAAGAGAAUAUUUAGAGGCUGAUUUGGGUUCAAGAGUAAGAACAAGAAAUCCAAGUUCAAACAAUUUUACACAUAAAUCAACCAUCUAAAUUGAGACACACAGAAAUUGUGAAGUAUUAUAUUAUUGAUUAUUAAGCCCUUAAUUGUUGCUAAAGAAGAAAGUAAUAAGAAUGUUAAGAAAAAAACUGGGAUCAAUUUUAUGAAAUAUUUUUAUUUGAAGAGAUUUAUUUAAAGAAUUAGAAAUAAUCGAUCACAAUUAACUAAUGUUAAUGAAAAUCAUAUAAAAUUGAUUAAUGAUAAUUCUAGUGAUAGGUAUCAUUUAAAUAAUUUAGUUAAGUGAUGAUGUCUUAUCUAAAAUUUAAUGGUCAUCCUAAAUUCUAAAUACAAAAUGUAACUAUGCUUUUUAGAGACAAUACAAUUAGUAAAUAAGAAAAUAGAUUCAAAAUAUAUUUAAACGAAAAAAAUUAACAAUUUAAAAAGUAUAUACAUGAAUUAGUUUCUAAAAUACCAUAAAUACAUCCAGAAACACCUAAAAAAAUAGUUUGGGAUUAUUGGACUAUUGUAUUUAGAUUAAUAUUAUUAAUACUUAUACCUUUAGAGAUUUCAUAUAAGCCAAAUAUUUUAUUUGAAUAAUUAGUUGGUUUAACUAUUACUAUCAUAAUAAUUUUAAUUAUUGAUAAUAUAUUUAGAUUAAAUACAAUAUUCUAUUAACAUGGACAUGCUGUUUUUGAUAGAUGGAAGAUUAUUCAAUAAAAUUUGCGUUUUUAAUUUGUAUCAGAUUUAACUUUAAUUUUAUUAUUAAUAUAUUUUAUUUAAUUUGAUGGCAAUCAAUUUUAAUAUUUAGUACUUUUGAUAUCUUUGACAUAACAUUAUUAAAUUAAUAAUACAUUAGAAAAAAGUGAGGAAUCCUCAUAUUUUACUAAAAAAUAGAAAGCUUUUAUAAGUUUAUUCAAACUUUUAACUUAUUUAAUAUAUGUAUUACAUCUAUUUUCUUGUAUAUGGUUUUUUAAUAGUUCCUUAAAUACAUAAAAUUCUUGGAUUAUUUUAAAGGAAUUAGAUCAUUAAACAUGGUAAGUCCAAUAUUUAGAAGCUUUUUAUUUUGCAAUUGUAACUAUGUUGACUAUUGGAUAUGGAGAUAAUGUUCCAAAAUCAUGGAAUGAGAAAAUAAUUGCAAUAUUCUUUAUUUUAAGUGCUUGUCUAUGGUUUUCCUAUAGUAUUAAUACAAUAGGAACAAUAAUUAAAGAGAUCAAUUUAAAUUUAGUAGAAAGAAGUAAAAAGAUUAGAGUCAUAAAUAGAUAUAUGCAUUAAAGAAAUAUUCCAUAUAGUUUGCAAUAUAAAAUUCGAGAAUAUUUAACAUUUAGAUGGAAAGAAGAGUCUGAAAUUGAUCUUCAAUAAGAAGAAACAUUAUUAAAUGAAUUAUCAGAAGAAUUAAAAUAAGAAUUAAAAAAAUAAGCAAACAAUGUAUUUUUCAAACAUUGUGAUUUCUUAUUUAAAAAUUUUAGUUUAGAAUUGUAAAAUUCACUAUCCCCUUAUAUUAAAAGAAAAAUAAUCUAACCUUAAAAUUCUUUUUCUAUUUAUACUUUAAGUGAAAUAUAUUAGCCACAUUUAUGUUUUGUUGAAUAAGGAUAAUUGUAAUAUUAGAAUUUCUUAAAAGUUUCAUUAAAAAGUGUUUAAUCACAAGGUUAAUUCGUAGAUGCAUCAGAAUUCAUUGAAGAAAGUGAUAAUGUGUAAACAUUUAAAGCAAUUGGUUAUGUUAGUUUGUUAAUUUUAAGUAAAGUAAAUUAAUUCAAUUAUAUUUUUAGACUGAUUUUAUGAGUAUUAUUCGUUAAUAUCCUAAAGAUUACUAAAAGUAUUGUCAUUUAAAAGAUUAAUAUAUAUUAUCAGUCAGAUAAAAACAUUUGCCUUAUAGUUAAUUUUGUAUUGCAUGUGGUAACAAUACUCAUGGAUUGAAAGAAUGUUCAAAUCUAUCAAUUACAUUAGAUAGAGAAUUAAUUAUCAAAAGAAAUUAAUAUACUGUUGAAUAAAAAAGAUAACAUCAUAAAAGAUCUAAAAAAAGAGGGAAAACCUCAUUUUCAACUCUUUGUGAUAGAGAAAUUAUUGAAUAAUUUGUUAUUUAUUUUUAGAAUGAAUAACCAAAAUUAGUUUAAAUUUAAUUAGGUAAAUAAUUAGCAAUAGAACAAGAAUGUGAAGAUGCAAAAUCUGAACUUAAUGAUUAAUCUCAAUUAACUAAGAAUUUCAAAUUUAGAAGAUAGGAUUCUGUACCAGUUCCAAGAUAUUCUUAAUAGAGUUGUGAAGGUCUAUCUAUAAAUAAAUAACUUUGUCUUAAUGAUUCAGUUAUUUCUAGUGAAAAUAAUUCAAUUUAAAAUUUAAAGUUAUCAACUAGAUAGUAACAUAUGAUAAAUACAAAUAAAUUUAUGACAGCAAAACUUUCAAAAUAUAAAAAAUUUUAAUAAUAAUAGAUUAUUAAAGUUAAUCCUAGUGAAUCUAUGGAAUCAUACAAAUUUGAUUUAUAGGAAUACUAUUUUCAAAAUUUAGAAUAAUUAUAUAAUAGAAUUUUUAAUGAUGAAAAUAAUUUGACCUUAUAAUUAGAUAAAUCAGUAUAAUAAUUAUAAAUCAUAUAUUAUCAAUAAAAAGCAUAAUAAGAAAUAGAAUAAUUUGAAAUUGUUAAGAAUUUUACUUAUUAUAUGACAUAAAAUAAUAUUGACAAUAUAGUUUUAUAAUUAGAAUAAAAAUAACAUUCAUUAUUAAAAAAACCUAUAACUUAAUUAAUAAAAUUCAUGUACUUUCCUUAUGAAUUUAUUAUGAAAUUUUAAAGGAUUAAAACAUAAAAAUUAAAAUUGCUUAAUUAAAAAAGAAAAAGAUCAUUUAAAAAUAUGAAUUAAAAAUAAUCAAAAAUUAAUGAUUUGGUUAGAAAAUGGGAAACUCCAAGAAAAUCUUAUAAACUAAGUGUUAUAAUUCCUGUUGAAAAUGAAGGCAAUGAAUAAUGA